CCCCUCCAUUCCUUCCUCCCCUGGCGCAUGGAACUAUCUCCUGAGUGCUACAAGUUGUAGCGGGCACCGCUGAGUGUGUUUUCCUUCGGGGCACUUUUUAUCUAGCAGCUGACUUUAGUUUCUUCUAAACUAAGCCACUUCGCCCCUUUACACUGUCCUGAGUAAGGAACAAACUGCCAAGCAUCAACGGAGCCCUGAUGAGCCCGCGCCGCGGAGCAGCUUAGCAGUCUCCUGGGACCCAGCUCCGGAGGAGCCACAAGCAUGCACCCUGGAUUGUGGCUGUUCCUGGUUUCCUUAUGCCUGACCAAAGAACUGGCAGAAGCGGGACAGAAGAAGUCCUAUGCAAAGCCAUGUGGGGGCCAAGACUGCAGUGGAAGCUGUACAUGCUCUCCUGAGAAGGGAACAAGAGGGCGCCCUGGACCAAUUGGAACUCAAGGUCCAGCAGGUCCAGAAGGAUUUGCUGGUCCUACUGGUUUAUCGGGUUUGAAAGGAGAAAGAGGCUCCCCAGGCCCUCUGGGACCAUAUGGAUCAAAAGGAGAUAAGGGCCCCAUGGGAGUUCCUGGAUUUGUUGGCAUCAAUGGGAUUCCGGGACACCCUGGACAACCAGGUCCCAGAGGUCCACCUGGCCUAGAUGGCUGUAAUGGAACUCACGGAGCUGUUGGAUUUCCAGGCCCUGAUGGCUACCCUGGGAUUUUAGGACCACCUGGUCUGCCUGGUCACAAAGGUUCAAAAGGAGAAUCUGCUCCUUUUCAAGGCAGCAUCACAGGAAUGAAGGGGGAUCCUGGGCUGCCUGGACUGGAUGGAAUCACUGGUCCAUCAGGAUCCCCUGGAUCUCCUGGAGAAUCAGGACCCAUAGGACCACCAGGCUUACAAGGUCCCCCAGGCCCACCUGGACCUCCUGGUCCUGAUGGAAAUAUGGGGUUAGGUUUCCAAGGAGAAAAAGGAGUCAAGGGGGAUGUUGGCCUCCCUGGCCCUGCAGGACCACCUCCAUCUACUGGGGAACUAGAAUUCAUGGGAUUCCCCAAAGGGAAAAAAGGCUCCAAGGGUGAACCAGGGCCUCCAGGUCUCCCAGGCAUGAGUGGCCCUCCAGGUUUCCCGGAGUUUGGAUCUAUUGGAGAAAAAGGAGAAAGGGGAAUCCUUGGUUUGCCAGGACCUAGGGGUCCCAUGGGUUCAGAAGGAAUACAAGGACAUCCAGGGAGACAGGGAAAGAAGGGGACUUCAGGUUUUCCUGGAAUUAAUGGGUUCCCAGGAAUUAAGGGUGAAAAGGGUGGCGUUGGUCUGCGAGGCCCAGACAUUUUCACUGAUGCAGAUGGUGCCGUGAUCUCAGGUUAUCCUGGAGAUCCUGGUGUGCCAGGCCCCCCAGGCCUUAGAGGAGAUGAAGGCAUCCAAGGCCAACGUGGCCCUUCUGGCGCCCCUGGCCGCCCAUCGUUAACAGGUCUUCCAGGUGCCCUCGGGCCUCAGGGAUUUCCAGGCCUGAAAGGAGACCAAGGAGACCCAGGACGCACCACCUUUGGAGAAGCUGGCCUGCCUGGCAGAAUUGGUUUGCCAGGCUUACCAGGUUUACCAGGUCUACCAGGCCCAUCAGGCCCACCUAAUCGCACAUUUGAGACGGGACCCUUGCCUAGCAUGGAGCCUGGAUUCCCUGGUCUCCGAGGAGAACGAGGUCCAAAAGGACAUCAGGGCCUCAAAGGAGUAAAAGGGGACUCUGGGUUUUGUGCUUGUGAAGUUGGUGCCCCCAACAUUGGACCACAUGGUGAACCAGGCCUGCCUGGGACACAAGGUCCCAUUGGCCUACCUGGUAUUAAAGGGACUAGAGGAGAUCCAGGCUCUAGGGGUGCACCUGGCCCAGCAGGGACUCCAGGGUUAUUUGGAUCGAGAGGUCAUACAGGCCUCAAAGGAAAGAAAGGAGAACCAACCAUCAGUAGAGGAUCAAAAUUGUCAGGAGAUAAAGGUGAUGCUGGUCCCCAGGGGACCCCAGGUAUGGCAGGAGCUCCAGGCAAUGAUGGAAUACCAGGUUUACCAGGGCUUCCAGGCAUUCAGGGAGACAGUGGAUCUGGCUUCCCAGGUGAAAAGGGGUCACCAGGACUUCCUGGUGAAAAGGGCCAUGAUGGUCCAACUGGACCACCAGGAAUUGGGCUGCCAGGACUUCCUGGGCCCCGUGGACUUCCUGGAGAUAAAGGAGUAGAUGGGUUACCAGGGCAACAAGGGCUCCGUGGAGCUCAGGGAGUCACCUUGCCUUGUAUUAUUCCUGGGUCAUUUGGUCCAUCAGGAUUUCCCGGAGCUCCUGGAUCCCCAGGCUCUAAAGGAACUCGGGGCCUCCCUGGAAUUCCAGGCAAGCCUGGCACUCAUGGAAGCAAAGGAGGGCCCGGAAGUCCGGGCUUAAUUCAUCUCCCAGGACUGCCAGGAUUUCCUGGACCUCGUGGGGAAAAGGGAUUGCCUGGUUUCCCUGGGCUUCCUGGAAAAGAUGGCUUGCCUGGAAAGGCUGGCAGUCCAGGUUUACCAGGCUCCAAGGGAGCCACUGGUGACAUCUUUGGUGCCGAAAAUGGUGCUUCAGGGGAGCAAGGCCUACAGGGAUUGCCAGGGGACAAAGGAUUUCCUGGAGACUCUGGCCUUCCAGGACCCACGGGUUUGAAUGGGAAGUCUGGUAUGCUAGGCCCCAAAGGUGAGAAGGGCAACCCUGGAACAUCAGGACCACCAGGACAGCCAGGACCCUCAGGAUCUAGUGAUACAUUUGGCAUCAAGGGCACAUCUGGACUCCCAGGACCAGCAGGCCUUCCAGGCAUUUCAGGGCAAUCUGGAAAGAAGGGUCAAAGAGGAGACAUAGGUCAACCUGGGUCAACUGGAAAACGAGGUCUACCUGGGAUAAAAGGCCUUCCUGGUUCUCAAGGGACAGAUGGUUUCCUGGGAAGCCCAGGUUUGCCAGGAGUCACUGGGUUGCCAGGCAUCCUAGGCCAAAAGGGUGAAAAGGGGUCCCCUGGACCAGUAGGGUUUCCCGGCUUACCUGGUCUUCCCGGUAUUCCUGGAGCUGAUGGAUUAAAAGGAAUUUCUGGUUCGUUUGGAAAGGUGGGACAACCUGGACAGGCUGGUACUCCGGGUGAAAAAGGAGACAGAGGGGAUCCAGGGUCAGUCGGCAUGUCCGGUCCAAGACCUCCAAUGCUGACCCUUUGGUUCAAAGGAGAAAAAGGCUCUCGAGGUUCUGCUGGAUCAGAUGGAUUUCUUGGACCCAGAGGUGACAAAGGAGAACCUGGCAUCCCAGGGUUACCAGGCCCACCUGGAGCUCCUGGACAGUCCAAUACCAUCAAAGGACUCAGUGGCAAGCCAGGUUCCCCUGGAUCUGUGGGAAGAAGCGGAUUACCCGGCCUCAAGGGGUCCCUGGGGAUCGCAGGUUUCCCAGGAAUGCCAGGAAAAAGUGGUUUACAGGGUCGCAUUGGAACUUCUGGUCCCCUGGGAGCAACUGGUAUCCCAGGGUUAAAAGGGGACCAAGGCCAAACACUUGGCAUUUCUGGAAGCCCAGGACCCAAGGGACAGCCUGGUGAAUUAGGUUUUAAAGGUGUAAAGGGAAAAGAUGGACUAGUUGGUGACAGAGGUUACCCAGGAAACAAGGGUGACGAUGGAAAAGUUGGUAUUGCUGGAGAUCCUGGCCUUCCUGGGUCCCCAGGACUUCAAGGGAUUUCAGGUAUGAGAGGAGACCCAGGCCUCCCAGGUUCCCCUGGCCAUCUAGGGUCAAUUGGCCAUCCUGGACCCUCUGGCUUAAUAGGACCCUCAGGAUUCUCUGGACCACCUGGUUUACAUGGACUGAAUGGACUUCCAGGCACCAAGGGUACCCAUGGCACUCCAGGAGCCAGUAUCACUGGUGUUCCGGGGCCUGCUGGCUUGCCUGGUCCCAAGGGGGAAAAGGGAAUGCCAGGAAUUGGCAUUGGAGACCCAGGAGAACAAGGUUCAAGGGGACAAAAAGGUGACCGAGGUUUCCCAGGUCUCCAAGGUCCUGCUGGUCCCCCCGGAGCCCCAGGCAUCUCUUUGCCCUCAGUCAUAGCAGGACAGCCUGGUGACCCUGGGCGGCCAGGCCUAGAUGGAGAACGAGGCCGCCCAGGCCUUCCAGGACCUCCAGGUCCCCCUGGCCCAUCCUCAGACCAAGGUGACCCUGGAGACCCUGGCUUCCCUGGAAUUCCAGGCCUUCAAGGGCUCAAGGGAAACCAAGGACUUCCAGGUUUCUCUGGCCUUUCUGGAGAUCUAGGACUGAAAGGCAUGAAAGGGGAGCCUGGCUUCAUGGGGACUCCUGGCAAGGUUGGGCCACCAGGAGACCCAGGAUUUCCCGGGAUGAAGGGGAAGGCGGGGCCAAGAGGAUCUUCUGGCCCCCAGGGUGCUCCAGGACACACACCAAUUUCCCAAGCUAUCCAGGUUCCUCCAGGACCUUUGGGUCUUCCAGGCAUUGAUGGCAUCCCUGGCCUCCCGGGAGACCCUGGGCUUCAAGGUGCUGUGGGUCUGCAAGGUUCUAAAGGUCUACCUGGCAUCCCUGGCAAGGACGGCCCCAGUGGUCUUCCAGGCCCACCUGGAAUCCUGGGCGAUCCUGGUCUCCCUGGACUACAAGGACCUCCAGGAUUUGAAGGAGCUCCAGGGCAGCAGGGUCCCCUGGGGAGGCCUGGGAGGCCUGGGCACAGUGUGAGAGUGGGCUACACACUGGUCAAACACAGUCAGUCAGAACACGUGCCCCUGUGCCCCGUCGGGAUGAGCCGACUGUGGACGGGCUACAGCUUGCUGUUCGUGGAGGGGCAGGAGAAAGCCCAUAACCAGGACCUGGGAUUUGCUGGCUCCUGCCUGCCCCGAUUCAGCACCAUGCCUUUCAUCUACUGCAACAUCAAUGAAGUGUGCCACUAUGCCAGACGCAAUGAUAAAUCCUACUGGCUCUCCACUACUGCCCCCAUUCCCAUGAUGCCUGUGGGCCAGACCCAGAUUCCCCAGUACAUCAGUCGCUGCUCUGUAUGUGAGGCACCCUCACAAGCUAUUGCUGUGCACAGCCAAGACAUCACCAUUCCACAGUGCCCUCUGGGCUGGCGCAGCCUCUGGAUUGGUUACUCCUUCCUCAUGCACACUGCUGCUGGGGCUGAGGGCGGAGGCCAGUCCCUAGUCUCCCCUGGCUCCUGCCUGGAGGACUUCCGGGCCACUCCUUUCAUUGAGUGCAACGGUGCCCGUGGUACCUGCCACUACUUUGCCAACAAGUACAGCUUCUGGCUGACCACAGUGGAGGAAAGACAGCAGUUUCGAGAAGAGCCUGCUUCUGAGACGCUCAAAACCGGGCAGCUCCACACCAGGGUGAGCCGCUGCCAGGUGUGUAUGAAAAAUCUGUAGGGGGUUGCCUGUCACGCGGCCCCUACCCUCCCUACCCCCUCACAACCGUCACCUCACACAUCUGGGCUGUCCGAGAAAGAAAGGCCUGAAGCCAUUUGCCUGUCAAGUUGUACAUCAGAGUCUCAUUUGGACUGGACUACUGGACACUGGUCAUCCCAGCCUUCAGGCCCAACAGAUAAGUCCACUGUGCUAGGGUUUGCUGUUCUAUGUCCAUCAAUCUGGUGCUAAUGUUCCAUUUGGAUAUGUGUGUGAUUAUUCAUGGCUACCUCAGACAGAUGUGCUGGACUGCCAUUUUCUAAGACUGCUAGAGCUUUCCUCACGGCUUUGACCAGGAAGCUCUUCAUACCAGCUAAGUUAUUUCUUUAUGACAAGAAGUCACCGCACAUUUGACUUAAACUAGAACUCCGGGUUUCUACCCUAAAAGUAUGGCUCUGGCUAGACCUCCCUACUCAAGGCAGCCUAUUAUAUCUAGGCAGGCAGCAGGAUUAGAAUGAGGAGCCAGCCGUUAGCCAGAACUGAGCUGUGAUUCCUUCCAGAGUUAAGUCCAUGCCCCAUCUUGAUUAGGAAAGGCUGAAAGGCCAACAUUUGGUCCUAGGCAAAUCACUGCUCCCUGGCUGGCUCUCUCCACCGCCAGAGAGAUGGACAACUUGGUCUGGUCCAAAGCAGAACAAAGGAUGCAGUAAGCAUGACCAAGUUCACAAGAGGAAACGAGAACCACUUCACUUUCUUCUUGGCCUAGGGCAGAGGGAUGAAUAGAUAUGGAGCUGUCAGUUUUGCUUUUGACUCCAGGAACAAAAGGUAAAUCUCAUGUCCCCAUUCCUCAGAAAUCCCUGAUUACUCCAAGUGCCACCCAAAUCUGUGCAGGUGGCACACUGAAGCUGCAGUGUGUUGGCUCCUUGCAUUCUGGGGCUGUUCGAGACUUUCUGAUAAAAUGACUAUCCAACUACUCUUUCACACGUAGCCUUUUAAACUAUUUGAAAGUUUUUUUUUUUUUUUCAAAAUCUCAUCAAAAUCUAGCACACACUACUGUUAGCAGACCCAAAGUAGAGUCUGAGUUGGCCAUGAGGUAUGCUGUCUUCUGUUUGAAGCAAUUCAUUUAAUUACCAGUUGCAUAGAACACACUCAGUGACGCGGACAUGACGCACUCAGUCCCCUCCGGGUGACUUCACUUCUUUAAGUCCUAUGUAAACUGCGCCCACACAGGCAAAGCCUAACCAGUAUAAUCUGAGCUGCUGUCGUCAUCACCUCCUACAUAAGUCAAGAAUGGUGUUCGCUUUGUACAUGGCAAAUAAAAUCAAGGAAAUGUGAACAUUUGA